UUGGGAUUUGAGAUGGGGCGUAUCUUCCUGAGAUGAGUCCUCUUCAUCAAGUUUCCUCUUCAGCUAUACCUGCAUGGUGGAUGUGCUCCCAUGUCAGCUAAGUUCUGUGGUUCCUUCCUGUGAUGCAACUUUGCCUCUGACUGUUCUUCUGAGGUUGAUGACUUUCGCUCGUCGAUCUGCAGACAGGAUGAAGACAUUACUAUUCAUUUUUAUCUAUUUCAGUUUCGUUUGCCGUGACAUUGUGACCGUCUCUAAACCCAACUGUUACAAAUGUGAUGAGUAUCACUUCUGCAACUGCUCUGGCAGAAAAUUUCUGCAUGUUCCAGCAGUUCCCAAAAAUGUUGUAAUCCUUGAUAUUUCCCUCAAUGAUAUUGAAUUCAUUGAGAAGCAGGAUCUGAGCAUGUACACUGAGUUGGGAACUUUAACUAUGCAGAAGAACAAACUUAAAAUGAUCCACAAAGAAGCAUUUAGGUCACAGCACAAGCUGGAGGUGCUUGACCUGUCUUUCAAUCAACUGGACAAAAUUUUGUCAUCCUGGUUUAAUCAGCUGAGGUCACUGAAGAACCUGAACCUGUUGGGAAACCUGUACACAACCUUAGGAUCUGUUCCUCUUUUCCAGUUUGGUGGGAACUUGCAAACUUUGGAAUUUGGAAACCAUUAUUUGAAGAAAGUACAAAAGAAUGUCUUAAGUGGGAUUAUCCAAUUGAAUGAGAUGGUUAUUGCUGGAAGUAACCUGAGGUCAUAUGAAGCAGGCAGCUUCAAGAUGACUCGACCCAUCAGAACAGUUUCAGUGAGCCUUCAAAGGUUGUUUCAAGAUGACCCAGCGCUUGUCUCAAAUAUCCUUCAAGACAUUUCUCACCCCGAGACAUCACUGACUAUCAAAGAUGUUCUCUUGAACACAAAUGAAUCAAUGCAACCUUUUGAAGAACUCAGAAAGGGGGGCACCACAAGACUUACUCUUCAUAACGUGACCACAACAGACGAAGCAGUCACCAGUUUCCUGAUGGCUAUGGAUGGUUCCCCACUGUCUUAUCUUGGUCUUGAGGAUGUACAGCUCAGAGGUGGAGGCUGGUGGCAAAAAGCCCAGACAUCACACUAUGAAAGUCUGCGCUCCAUCUUUGUUCGCAAUGUUGAAAUCCAAGACUUCUUCAACUUUGGCAGCAUGAUCCAAUUAGCGUUUCUUCUCAAGUAUCCCACUGAGAUAUCUGUGAUCAACAGCACCGUUUUCGUCAUGCCCUGCAUAACCUCCUUUCUUCUGAAAAAGAUUGAGUACUUAGACUUGAGUCAAAAUCUAUUAUCAGAUGUCACGGUGGAGGAAACAUUAUGUCGUGGCAUGGGCAAAAUGCACAAUCUCAACACCCUCAAUGUGAGCUACAAUUCGCUAAAAUCCUUUGGCCUCAUGUCCCACCUGGUGACACAUCUGCAGAGGCUGACAUUUCUGGACAUCAGUCACAAUGACUUCUUGACAAUGCCACAGAAAUGCACUUGGCCUGCAAGUCUAAGGUUCCUGAAUCUGUCUUCCACAAAGCUUCGUAGGGUAACACCAUGCCUACCUGUGAGCCUGACCAUUCUGGAUCUCAGUCAAAAUGACCUGACAGAAUUCCACCUCAGCCUUCCCAACCUUGUGGAGCUCCAGCUUUCAGGUAACAGAUUUAUUCAGUUCCCCGAAGGAGGAAUGUUUCCCAGCCUGAGCACAUUGCUCAUUCAGAGGAAUACCUUGAAUAUGUUCAACAAGAGCGACCUAACAGUGUUCAACAACCUGCAGUAUUUGGAAGCUGGCCAGAACAAUUUUGUAUGCACCUGUGAGUUUGUGACAUUUUUUAAGGGUGACGUUGACCAUCUUAUCACACUGAGGGAUGGUCACAAUAAUUAUGUAUGUGACUCUCCAGUCACGUUGAGAGGUCGUACAGUUGACAAGGCUCAACUGUCAGUCUUUGAAUGUUAUAUGAUUCCUGCAGUCUCCAUUCUCUGUGCUGCGAUUUUCCUCACUCUAGUCCUCGCUGGUGUGACCUGUCACAAGCUUCAUGUUUUAUGGUACCUAAAGAUGAUCACUGCAUGGGUACAAGCAAAACGAAAACCAGCAGUGCGCAGAGCAGAGGGGAAUCUUUGCUAUGAUGCUUUUGUUUCAUACAGCCAACAAGAUGCUGAGUGGGUUGAGGAGAUCCUUGUUCCAAAGCUAGAAGGUGCUCAGCCUCCCUUUGCCCUCUGUCUUCACAAGCGAGACUUUCUUCCAGGACGUUGGAUUGUGGACAGUAUAAUUGAUUCUAUCGAAAGGAGCCAUCGCACUCUGUUUGUUCUGUCUGAGCACUUUGUGAAAAGUGAGUGGUGCCGCUAUGAACUGGAUUUCUCGCACUUCCGUAUCAUUGAUGAACACAACGAUUCAGCUGUCCUGGUCUUGCUGGAGCCAAUUCCCAAAGAGACCAUUCCAAAGCGCUUCUGCAAACUACGCAAGAUAAUGAACUCCAGGACAUACCUUGAGUGGCCUCAAGAGGAAGAAAGGAGGGAGGAGUUCUGGCACAACCUGCAAGCUGCGCUAAAGAGGGAGGAUUCCUGAUGCUUUCGAGAUCAAGUCCAUUGUUUCUGAAGUCUUAAUGUGACAUUUGGCCUGCGGCAAUCCAUAACCUCUGGCCCUAGACCUUGCUUAUCCCCAACAAAAACGUUGGGUCAACACCAUGCCUACCAAUGAGCCUGACCUCCACAUACGUUAAUCUCAUAAAAGCACAAUAAAAUGCAUUCAGUGUCAUAAACAUUGGCAUCAUAAGCAGCUAAUGAUAUUCAUAUUAUUUAUCAGAUCUACUGUCGUGGUAUAUGGUACAACAAAAGGUUAGAGAAGUUCUGUUUUAAUUUUUGGCAUUUUACCCUAAUUCUCAUUACUGCAUGUUUUCUCCAAACUGAUAUGUGUCCUUUUUUCACUUUUUUAAAUGAGAAAAACUGAGUUAGUAUUAUGUUUAAUUGUUGAAUGUCUUUACUCUAAUGUUUUCCUUGUAAUGAUGGGAACCUAAACAAAACAUUAUAUUGCUUGGGUACAAAGACACACCUUAAUGGCUGUCAAUAUAUAAAGUGUAUAAAUAGUGAAAUAAAAAAGCUAAAUUUAUUUAUAUAUUUUGCUAAUAUAUACAGUAUAUUAGUUCAUGUAAACUGAAAAAUGUUACUAAAAUUAAUGUAAAAUAACUCUUUCGGGUUUACUUUUAAUCAUUCAAUCAGGCGUCAUUGUUUGUACAUCCAAAAACAAUUUUUUUAGAUUGGGAUGCAGUACUUGUCCUGUUUGUGAGAAAAACCCAAAUGUACACACUUAAAAUUAUGGUUUUUCAAGGGUUCUUUAGUAAAGUUUUUGGAACAAUAUAGAUGCCUUUUCAAAAAGGUUCUACAUGUGCAACACAAGUACAACACAAAUAGUAUUUCACUUUCAAUCAACUGGAUUAAUUAAUAAAUGUUCCCAGUUCAGUUCAGUCUGAAAAUAGUUCAAUCCAAUGUUUGAGAUGCCUAAUCAUGCAAAUGUUCAAAUUUCAUAACUAAAAAAAAUGUACUCUAGCACAACUUUGACAUUUUGCAUAGUUGUUUGAGUUAAGUUGAAGCUACUGUUUGAAUGUUUUAUUGAUGUCCACUUGACUGGACAGGCUGUACAAGAUUUGUUCUUGCUUUCAACAAAUAUUUUAUAUAAAAUUAGUUUCAAGCUGUGUCAGUGAUGUUUAAAGUAUCAGAAAUACUCACUCUUUUCUUAAUAUUGUAUGACCACUGAUACAGUGGUGCACAUUCACUUGACUUUUACUGCCUAUUGUUUUUAUAAGAAAAGUAAGUAAAUAAAGAUUUUCAGAAUGCA